CGAAUCGAAUUUUUCCUGAAAUUCGUAUCGAAUUCCGGUUUGCCUGCAAAAAGUGUAUCUGCAGAGAGCUCCGCUAUUUCUGACAGUUCUCUGACAGUUCUGACAGUUCAUUUACAGCGGUUGAAACAUUGUAUCUAUUUAUUUCCGAAUAAAAACAUCUGUAUCCUAAAUGGAAACAAAUAGAUACAAUGUUUCAACCGCUGUAAAUGAACUGUCAGAACUGUCAGAGAACUGUCAGAAAUAGCGGAGCUCUCUGCAGUGACACUUUUGCCGGCUGAUCGGGGAAAAUUCGAUUCGUGUGCAUCCGAAGUUUGCUAAAAUUCGGAUUC